UUGUUGUAAAUAACAAAGUAAAGGAUGUUUAUAUUUAUAAAAUAUUCAUGCAUGACAACAACUUUUCUUUGACGGCCGACAAACCAUUUGCCAAGAAUAAAUUUCGAAUGCCGGUAACAUAUGCAUGAAAUGGGUGACAAACAAAUCUUUAUCAUUCGUCGCUUGUCUGAUGAUUGUGAUUGAAAAUACGAUUCUGUGAUAUAUAUGAACAUAAUAUAUUACAAUUGUUGAAAAAAAAUGAAUUCAAAUCCAUCGCCAUCGGAAUCAUCUACGACCUAUUAUUUCAUAUUGAAACCAUUCAUAUGGACAUUGACCUUAUUACAGUUCACCUAUUUCUUUAUAUCAUCAUUAAUCCUAUGGAUCAUACGACCAUUAGCUAGCCGUUGUCAAACAUUUCGGCUAGCUCGUGAACUUGAUAAGAUCAAUGAAAAAAUGCGAAAACUACGUAGUGAUUAUGAAAAGGCCACCAGACAAUAUCAUGAACAAUGUCAACACAUCGAUCAGAAACGUCGUGAAUUAAAUGAACAUAAAGAUCGUUUGGUACUACAAUUGGCCGCAAUUGAUCAAUGGUCAAAACAAGUAAAGCCAAAAGAACCGAUGACAACGAUAAAAACUUCAACAAGUGAUAUGAAAACAAUUUCAACCUAUAUUAAAGAUUAUGAAUCGAUUGCAAAAAAUGUUGAUACAAAAUCCAUGGCUAAAUGGUUUGAUCGUCAAUUUAGUUGUGGUGCACAAUCAAACACGGUGAUCAAAACAUCGCCAUUGUCUUCACCAUUGUUGAGGUCACCUUCACGAACAAGUAAUGCUAAAAAAUCAGAAAAAAUUUUGACAAAAAGUUUAUCAUUAGAUCCAAAAUCUUCUGCAUCAUCAUCGGAGAUAAAAUUGAUGAAAUUGAAAAAUCAAUCAAAAUUUGUAGAUAGUAAUGGCGAUGGCAAUCAAAGUGAGCAAUCACAUCCAGACAAAAUGCAAAAAUCUGAUGAUGAUAAAGUACUAGAUCAAAUGGUAAUAACGACAUUGAAUGAAUUUCGUUCGAAUGAAACCAAUUCUGAAUUGAAUCAAACAAUACGAGAACUGUAUAAUGAUCCUGAAUGGAAACCAAUGAUUGAUCAGCUUCGAAAUCAAUAUCAAUUAUUCUCUUUUAUAUAAAAAAAAGAGAAUAAAAAAACGAAUAAUUCUUCUCAACCUAAAUAUGAUUCUCGUAAUUUUUCCUGUGAUAAUAAAUUUUAAUGUUAAAACGCUCAAUGUCAAUUUGAACACACACACACACACACACCGUAAUUCAGUGAAGAUGAUGAUGGUCAUACAUAUUCAGUAACCAUUUGGAUUUCACGGAAAAAAAACUUAAACCUACUUCAAAAUAAUUUCAUUUUACCUGUAAAUGUUCAUUUCACCUGACAAAUACUAUUUAUCUUUCAAUGUCAAAUGAUAAAUUGAUUGAUUGAUGGAUAAAAUAAAAUAAAUUUAAAUUUCUAA